AUGGAAUUCCUGGUGGAGGGCAGGAGACGCGGCCUGUCCAUCGGUGCCCUGCAAGCUCGAAGGGCAGCGAACUCGAGCACCGGCUCCCAGUUGGGCCUCAGCAGAUGGGCAGCGAUACAGUGGCUUAGCCGACGAGGAAUGCGUUGGGAGGGGCUCCUACCUGCACUAUUCCAGCAACAAGCGACGCGGAUUACUCCACAUGUACUGGUCAUCCAUCUCGGUGGAAAUGACCUUGGUUUGAUACAGGGCAAGGCCCUCCUCAUUCAAGCAUGUAGUGACAUGCAGCUCAUCAGGCAAAGGUGGCCUGGCGUUCGUCUGAUUUGGUCAGACAUACUCCCACGGAGGGAGUGGCGGGGGGUUUGGGAUCCCCGAGCUAUAGAUAGAGCGCGGAAGAUGGUCAACCGACGGAUUUGCUUGGCCCUUCUUCUGCAUGGUGGGUUAACCAUCCCACACUCAUGCAUCCGGCACAGGCAGGUUGAACUUUAUAGGGCAGACGGCAUUCACCUGUCUGACACAGGUAAUGAUAUAUUUCUUGGGGACCUGCAGGGGGGUCUGCGCGAGGUAGUAUGUGCUAUGGCUGCAAGGUUUGUGAGCAUUGUGCUGCAGGUCUUACAGAGCAUCAGCAAUGCUAUUAUCAAUGCCCGGGACAUGCUGUGCCCAAAAGAGAAUAUUGAAGCGGAGACAUUGAAGGACGAAUGCCCUGAACAAGCACAUGACAUUGGCAUUCUUGGAUGUAAGGGAGUUAAUCACCUGAACAGUGGCCAUAUUAUUGCACCAAAACUGGACAGUAGAAUUCUGUAG